CGACAGCCGGGCAGGUGAAGAGAUGCUACAGCUCGGAGCGUCUCCAGCUGGGCCAAGGCAUGGACGACAACGCGGAUGGAGACGCGGUGACUGAAACAAGCGACGCCCGUGCAGAAAACGGCGCUAACACACCGAUGGACCUUACGAACGCCAACGACAACGCCUUGGCAACCAAGAGACGACGAACCAGGAAAGCCCAGCAACCUAGCCAGGCAACUCCACUCAAGAAGCACAACAAGCAGCAACAGCAGGGGAUGAAGACUCCAGAUCAAGAGGUAAGCCAAGAAGUCUGGAAGAAAGGAAAGACUGCAGAAGAAAAUGCACAUAGACUUGCACAAGACAUAAACGACAGUAUUGAACACUGGGUUGAAGUGUUUACUCCAAAGGAUUCAAAAUGGAUUGCAGUUGAUGUAGUUCAUGGAUCAGUUGGCAGCAUAACGGAGAGCAACAUUCGAGAACCGUUGUACUACAUUGUCAGCUUUGAUAACAGCAACAAGGUGAAAGACAUUACGAGGAAAUACGCCUCAGGUUGGUUAACAUCGGUGAAAAAGAAGAGGAUCGAUCCAAAAUGGUGGGAAGAGUCUUUAAAGCCUUUCAGUCCCACCGACUGUGAGCGAGAGCGUGUGGAAAAUACCCAAAUACAGUCCAAGCUUCAACGGCAGCCAAUGCCUGCAAGCAUUGCUGAGUUCAAGAACCAUCCUCUGUAUGCCUUAAAGCGUCACCUGCUGAAAUUCGAAGCCAUCUAUCCGCCAGAUGCCCCGACUCUUGGAUUUGUACGAGGAGAGCCUGUUUAUGCAAGGGAGUGCAUUCACACACUGCGCUCAAGGGAAACGUGGCUUCGAGAAGCACGCAUGGUGCGCAUCAAGGAGCAGCCAUACAAAAUUGUCAAGGCCAGGCCAAAGUACGACAAGUUUUCUGGGCAGAUACUUAAGGAGCAGCCCCUGGAGCUGUUUGGCCAUUGGCAGACUGAGCCAUACAUGCCACCUAUUGCCUUCAAUGGCAAGGUGCCCCGCAACGAGUGGGGCAAUGUGGAACUCUUCAAAAGCUGCAUGCUCCCUGUUGGCACUGUGCACCUCAGAGCUCCUGGGCUGGCUCGUGUAGCUUCUAAGCUGAACAUCGAUUGUGUUCCUGCUGUCGUUGGCUUCGAAGGUCACUGUCGUGGCGUCCACCCAGUGUUUGACGGAUGGGUUGUGUGCGAAGAGUUUAAAGAUACACUGAUGGCUGCUUGGGAAGAGGAACAAGCAAACAUCAGCAACCGUGAAGAAGAGAAACGUCUGAAAAGAAUAUAUGGAAAUUGGAAGAAGCUGAUUAAAGGAGUUCUCAUCAAGGAGAAGUUACGGAUGAAGUACAUGAAUGAUGACUGAAGGAGCAUCAAGAAUUUCUCAUUGUUACUUGACUGCCAUAUGUACCACAUUUAUUUCUGCUUCUUCACUUUGCAUUAUUCUCUCAUUAAUCACUGCUACUACACACUUGUAAAU